AAUGUAAGAGAGAUCAUAUACUUUUAUUUUUAUUUUUAUUUUUGGGGUAUGCAAGUUAUGGCAUCACUUUCAUUGAAUUCCCUUUCAUGAAAAGGAGUUGAGAGAGAACAAGUUAUAGGACAGAGAGUGGGUUUAUGUGAAGUGAAUCCAUUGCCAGCCCAUGAGACCAUGGCAUUCUCGUGAGAGAGACAAAAGGGGAAAAAAUUAAAGCCCUCUCUUCUCUUAGCCUACGCACUUCCCCUCUCUUAUCCUGCGCACUCUUUUAUUCCCCAUUGAUUCCACUUCCCAGUAGUAGUAUCCCCAAUUUCCGAGGGGACCCCCUGCCCCGGCAAUUCAACCUUCUUUUUUUUUUUCUUCAGUUAAACCAUAGCCAACAACGACGUUUUCAUGAUAAAACGUUAAAUGUACGUUGAGACAGUUUCCGCGAGUUUCUCUCACCCGUUACACCAAAUGUUGUUUCCCCUCUCCAUAUUCUUCUUGCUGUGUCCUGAUCUUGUUGGAUUCGGGCCUUUUUCUAUGAAUAAAACAUACCCACUUGCGUUUAUUGCCUGUGAUUCUCAAAUUCCUUCUUCAACAGAUCUGAGUCUCUGUAAAGAUAUUUAUUGCAGGGAAAAGGAUCUUCUUUCUGGAUAAUCUGUGCUGUUCAUUUAUUCCACUGAGUGCACUCAUGAUUGCCAAACAGCCAAAGUUGCUAAGUUUUGUUUAGCUUUAUGAGAACUUCCAUCAAUGUGGUCUAAUUGGGAUAUAGUACUGGAUGGAUGUAUGUGAGUCAGAGCAAGCAUUAAGGAAACACAAAACUAGAACAAGACAACCCUUGGUUCCUGCUGAGAAAAACAAUGCAUUCACGGCCAGACGCUCUGGGACAAGGGAAAUUACUUCACGGUAUAGGUCGCCUUCGCCUACUCCGGCAACCCCAGCUGGUCCUCCUCGUCGAUGUCCCUCUCCAAGCCUCACAAGGGCAACAACACCUGCAUCAUCCAAAUUGUUACCCAAAAGAGCUCAAUCAGCAGAGAGGAAGAGGCCCGCAACUCCACCUUCCCCACCUAGUCCUUCUACACCUGUCCAAGACUCAUCAGUAGAUGUGCAUUUAUCAUCCAGAAGGCUGUCUGGUAGCAGAAUGCCAGAGGCCCUUUGGCCUUCCAGGAUGCGAAGUUUGAGUGUUUCUUUUCAGUCGGAUACUAUUUCCAUACCUGUUAUCAAGAAGGAGAAGCCAGUGACUAGUGCUUCUGAUCGUACACUGCGGUCCAAUUCAAACGUGGCUCACAAGCAGGUUGAAACACCAAAUGUAAGAAAGGGUACGCCAGAGAGAAAAAGGAGUCCUCUCAAAGGGAAGAAUGCCUCUGAUCAUCAGACUGAGAAUUCGAAACCUGUUGAUGGUUUACAUUCUCGACUGAUAGAUCAGCAUAGAUGGCCAAGCAGAAUAGGUGGGAAGGUAUGUUCUAGUGCAUCAAAUAGAGGUAUUGAUCAUGCUGAUAAGACAACCAGAAUGUCAAACUCUUCUGUUCCGGGAACUGGUGUGUCUUCGCUGAGAAGAUUGUCUUUACCGGGUGAAGCAAGUAGGCCCUUGCAGAAAGCUUCUAGUGAUGGUGCAAGGCUAAUGUUGCUUGUUGAAAGUGGUAGAAUAGUAAGCGAGGUGAAACCGGUUGAUGACAGUUUUCAAGUACUAAGACCUCACAAAUUUGUUCCUGCAACUACAUUGGAUAAAACGGGAUUAGCAGUUGCUGGAGUCAGAUCUCAGUCCUUUUCAAGUCCCGGAUCACGACUCCCUUCACCUAGUAAGACCUCGGUUAUACCCUCUUGUAGUUCAAGAGGUGUUAGUCCAUCUCGGUCAAGGCCUUCAACUCCUCCUAGAGGGGUUAGUCCAUCUCGAAUAAGGCCAGCCAAUUCAUCCAACCAAAAUACAACUUCAGUGCUCAGCUUUAUUGCUGAUUUUAAAAAAGGGAAAAAGGGUGCAGCCCUCGUAGAAGAUGUUCACCAACUACGACUUCUCUACAACAGGUACUUGCAAUGGAGAUUUGUCAAUGCGCAAGCAGAGGAUGUAUUUUACAUCCAAAAUGUAACUGCGGAGAAAUCACUGUACAAUGUAUGGCACACUACUUUGUCUAUAUGGGAAUCAAUUAUUAGGAAGAGGAUCAAUCUCCAGCAACUGCAGCUUGAGCUGAAGCUGAAUUCUAUUUUGAAUGAUCAAAUGGCCUACCUUGAUGACUGGGCUGUACUUGAAAGUGAUCAUAUUGAUGCCUUAUCCGGGGCUGUAGAAGACUUGGAGGCAAGUACUCUUCGUCUUCCUCUAACUGGAGGGGCAAAGGCAGAUAUUGAACAUUUGAAGCAUGCUAUCUAUUCAGCUGUUGAUGCCAUGCAAGCAAUGGGAUCUGCUAUCUGCCCUUUGCUGUCACGGGUGGAGGGCAUGAAUAGUUUAAUGUCUGAAGUUGCUGUUGUAUCAGCUAGGGAAAAAGCCAUGCUUGAUGAAUGUGAAGCGCUACUGAAUUUUGCGACAGCUAAGCAGGUUGAGGAAUAUAGCCUUCGGACGCAUCUCAUGCAGAUCAAGCAAAUAAGUAACCAAUCUCGGAAAUUCAAACACGCAUGACCCUGACCUGCUUCUACGCUAACAAGAAGUCUUUUGCAGCUUGCUGCAGCCAAAUUCCUGGAAAGUGGAAACUGCAAUUUCUAAGACGUUACAAAUGAUUUACUAAUAUAUUUAAAAGAUUCUUGGGAAUGUACGGCUGAAACUUCAAAGAAUCAACACCCAAGAUUCUUUACCCAUUGUAAAUUUUCGGUAAUAGGCUUCUUCCCCCCCCCCUCCUCAAAUAUGUUGCAAUUAUUAUCCCACUUUUUUCUUUCUAGUCAAUGCCGGUGGCCCAAGUUUUCCACUUGUAAUUUUUGAAUCAGGCAAAUGAAAAGAAAAUGCAAACGAAAGGAGCAAAGUAUUACUUCCACAUUUACGAUUUGCAUUCA